AUGCGUCUUCACAACCUCCCAACCGAAACCGUAUUUCUAUCAGGUCUACUAUUUCCACUCCUUUCUUCCGCUCUUGGAAAUUUGGAUUGUACGAACAUAGUUGUCGACAAAAAGUCGUUCAAUUUGGAAGCAUUAGGUGGACCACGGUCGGCACUACACAGUGUUGAAGAUUAUGUUGGUGAAGCCAAAGGAUGGACAAAUACAACAUACACAAUCGACCUUUGUAACCCUAUAGUCAAGAAGGGGUUCUAUGAGUGUCCAGGUGGGACAAGAGUUUGUGGCAUAACACAUGUCAUCAAUGAAGAGGAAGGAUCAGACGCAACACAACAAAUUGUUCCAUUUGCAGGCGAAUUACAGAAUUACGGUGGAGGUCCUCUCGACGCUAAAGUGGAACGACUUAGUAACUCUAAAUCUCAUUCAGACGCCGACAAAGAAGGAUUACGUGUAGAGCUAAACGGAGGCUUUAUCAGACAAGGGAAAGAUAAGAGACCACAGAAAGCUAUCGUGGAGUUUAUUUGCGAUGCGAACCGAACUGGACUGGAGAAUCUGUGGGUACCACCAGAGCCGAAAAACAAGCAGAAGGAUGAGGAAAAGAACAAUAAGAGGGAGGAAGAAGGGAAUGGUGAUGGAGUGAUAGGAGCGCCAGGCAACGAUUCAAGUCUUCAGUUCGUUAGGUUGGACAAAGAUAAAGGCGAUGCAGAUAUCCUAAGGUUGACUUGGCGCACAAAGUAUGCUUGUGAGGAUGGACCGAAGGAUGAUGGCGAUGACAAGAAAAGUUCGCAUUGGGGCUUUUUUACUUGGUUCAUUAUUGUUGCAUUUCUUUCAACAGCCGCAUACUUGAUUUUCGGAUCUUGGCUCAACUAUAAUAGAUAUGGCGCUCGUGGAUGGGACCUUCUCCCUCAUGGAGAUACGAUCCGUGACGUUCCAUAUUUAUUGAAGGACUGGUCCAGAAGAGUUUUGAGUACCGUACAAGGUGGUGGAAGUAGAGGAGGUUAUGCGGCAGUAUGACCAAGAGCCUUGGUCAUCAUCUGAGGGGCAGUGGAGUAGCGAAGUUUCAUAUUUAUAGGCAUUGCAAUACUGAUAAUCAUUGGCGGAACACAAUCGAAAGAGCGACAGGAGUUAGGCAUUUCUAGUGGAGGGCAUCAAUUUUGUAUAUCAAUUAUCAUCUUGCUUUUCUGUUCGGUGUCAAUUUUAGUUCUCUCGCCCUUCCUACAAGCUUUGUUCUCUUGCCGCAGUUGUACUAUAUAUGUACGAUUUACCCAGAUGCUGGCACACUGCUAACAGCUGACCGCCGACGCAUCUUGAGUAGGGUUGAACAAUGUCAGCACUCGCCCUGCAAAAGGCUUUCCACUGUCCCAUGCCCUUCAAUUGUUCGAAGCAAUUUGUAUUUUGAAGAGAUGCCUUUCGCAGUGUAAUUAUGCUUCUGUUCCAGGAAGAAAACCAAUGCCUCUCAUAGAGUCACCUUGCAAGGCCGGUACCCGGGCAAUUAUGGUGGUUCGAGAAGUCUCGCAUUCAUCUGACGAGAUCGGUAUGUUCAUCAUGGCAUACUAUAUAAGCAUGGGGGCCAUUUGAAAGUCUGGGCAUCUUUCAUGAGGCUCAAACUUUGGGGCGUUGCGGCUACUUCGUUUUCAGAAACCAUUUUCUGGCGUUGAUGACACUGAUUUAAACAGAUUGAUCGCCCGCGCCAGGUAAUUUCCUCUGUACCUGCAUUGCGGCUCUCCCUUUUAACAUCUUCACGAGCUUUUAUUACAUCAUCGAGUGAUAGGCUUUGGUGCUUGAAUAAUUCAGAAAAUUGGUAAAAAUUGUGUGCUUACACUUUAGGGGCGGUGGAGAUCUUGCCUUUGCGACCACCUAGUAUGUCAAAUUUCCUAUUCAUUUGAACCUCUGAGCCCUCGGCACGUGCUCAAAGUUGUUAUGAUGCUAGGUUUCAUCCUUUCUCUCAAUUCUAUGGCUUUAUUUGUUUGUUUCUCAGUUUUCCUGUACAAUUUCCCUUUAAUAUCGAUUUCAUGGUCCAUAUCAUCCUUCCUAGCGAACUACUGUUUCUCCAUCGUGACUUACGGACACCUUUCGAUUGCUUACUGAUGGUAUUUGACGAGUUUAAUGCGAGGAAUUUCGAAAUCUUGAAGCGUAAGAAACCUGGUUUCGUUGUAACUGCAUUGAUAUUCUUUUAUUUGUGGUAGAAUCAGGUCCAAAUCGGCUGCUGUAACAAAGAUCAUUGACCUUUAAGGGGAAUUUCAGCCCAUAAGUUGACAUCGUUUGCAAUGUUUUUACCUAAAUAUGGAUCAUCAAGUUGUGAUAGAUUAUCACGUUAUCCUGCAUUAAAGGCACUUUGGCAGAAUAAGGAGGUACAGAAACUGAGUACAUCUAGAGUAAUAUCUUUUCUAUCGUUUCUACCAGUCCUUUGAGACUCCG